ACUGUCAGGUAGCUGCUAAGGUAGCAGCUGGGCUUGCUGUGGUUUCAGCAGCAACGCGGCCCGGAGACUCGAGGAAGGAGUCAGGACUUGGUGGAGAGCGGAGACGGUGGAUAGCGCGCCCCGGCGGCCCCGCAUCCCCGGCUGAAACCUCUGCGGGGGGUUCUGCUCCCGCAUCGUCUGCCCCGGCUGGGCGAUUCGGCUGUUGUGCGUAUUUGUGCAGAAUGUUAGCAGAUGAGGAUAAGUACUCUCCUCCAGUUGUACAAAAUGACUCUGAUCAUGGCAGUUCUGUCUCUACGGACCUUCAGGAAGAGUAUGAAGAACUGCUUCGCUAUACUAUAGUGACUCCAAAUAUUGAAUCCAUUGCUUCACAAUCUCAUCCUAAGGGAGAAAUCGUGCCAGAGGUUAGAAUUCCUACUACAAUGGAUAUUCUUCAUAAUCAAGGAAAUAGCCCUGUAGUAAGAGAAACUGAGAUGGAAGUUGGAAAGGGAUGUGAUUUAAAUAUCUCAAGCCAUUCACGGACAGUAUCAUCACCAAUAUUGUCACCAAGGAAGCCUUCUCACCCCGUCAUGGAUUUUUUCAGUUCACAUCUUUUAGGUGACUCUUCCUCACCAGGGUCUAAUUCUACUCAUAUAGAUAUUCAUGAAAUGAUUGUGGGUGAUCGUCCUAUUUCUGAUGAAAACCUUCAGAAAAUGGAAAAUGUGCUUGAUCUUUGGAGUUCAGGUCUUAAGACAAACAUUAUAUCUGAACUAAGUAAAUGGAGACUUAAUUUCAUCGACUGGCACCGAAUGGAAAUGAAAAAAGAGAAGGAGAAACACGCAGCACAUGUAAAACAACUGUCCGUCCAAAUCAGUGACUUGAAGGAGCUGCAAAAAGCCUUUGAGGUUUCCAUCGGGAGAAAAGAUGAGGUGAUUUCCAGCUUAUCUCAUGCUAUAGGCAAGCAAAAGGAAAGGACGGAGCUGAUGAGGACAUUCUUCCACUGGCGAAUUGGCCAUGUCAGAUCCAGACAGGACGUUUAUGAAGGUAAACUAGCCGACCAGUACUUCCAGAGAACUUUGCUAAAGAAGGUAUGGAAGGGCUGGCGCUCAGUAGUACAGAGGCAGUGGAAAGAAGUGGUGGAGCGAGCUUGUCAAGCGCGAGCUGAAGAAGUUUGCAUCCAGAUUUCCAAUGAUUAUGAAAACAAAAUUGCUGUGUUAUCUGGAGCUUUGGAAAAUGCAAAAGCUGAAAUUCAAAGAAUGCAACAAGAAAAAGAGCACUUUGAAGAUUCUAUGAAGAAAGCUUUCAUGAGAGGGGUGUGUGCAUUAAAUCUGGAAGCCAUGACUAUAUUUCAGAACAGAAAUGAUACAGGGAACGACUUCACAAAUACCAGAAAGGAAGAAUGUGGCCCUGGUGUUCAAGGAAAAGAACAUCCUGACCCUUUAGAUGCUUCCGUGGCCCCAGUGCCCUCCAGUGUUCAGCUGCUUCCAUCCUCCCCAGCAACGGCCAGCGCCACUGUGGUUCCCUCUGCUGCUUCCAUGACUUCUGCGGGAGCUGCGCCUCCCUCUUCUGUUCACAUUCCCAUCUCUGUUCUUGGUGCAGGAUCUGCAACUACUGCUGCCCCGGAGGAGAUGUAUGUACCAAGAGUUGUAACUUCAGCACAACAGAAAGCUGGAAGAACAAUUACAGCCCGGAUCACAGGGAGAUGUGAUUUUACUUCAAAAAAUAGAAUUAAUAGCAGUUUAGCUAUAAUGGGAGUUUCUCCUCCCAUGAGCUCAGUUGUUGUGGAAAAGCAUCAUCCAGUCACAGUGCAAACCAUUCCUCAGGCAGCUGCUGCAAAAUAUCCACGGACCAUCCAUCCUGAAAGUAGUACCUCAGUUUCCAGAUCUCUCGGAACCAGAUCAGCCCACACCCAGUCUCUCACAAGCGUUCAGUCUGUGAAAGUGGUUGACUAAAGUGAAUAUGUUUACACAGAGGUCUUUUAAUUCCUCUGGUAAAGACUGUAUCAAAGGUUGGAACCCUUUAGUUUUUUAACUUUUCCAUACUGUUAGAACAUCAUGGAUUCAUCAUGUUUGUCUUUUAAAAAUUACAAGAGUCCUU